GGAAUCAACGCCCGAAUAGCAUUAAGCCGGCCCCAUCGAAGCACCAACGUCUCGGCAUCGGCCCACGAGGGCUCAACUCCCUUGCCAGUCAGAGCAUCGGCACGGAAAAGCGCAUUGUUGAUCCCUUGCAUAAAAGUCAAGGUGUAAGGCACGAUGGAAACCGUCGUCGCUCCGGCGAGGGCAAAAACACGCCACGGCUCGCCGGCCGCGUAUUUGUUCCAGGCUGCAUAGACGUAGACGAGACCCGUGGUGGUUGCUAUGGCCGGUCCUUUGACGUGACCGCUGAGAUACACACGUCUCCAUUGGUUGACCAACUUUGCCGGCUCCUUUGUCGUUGCGAUGAGCACCGGAAUCGUGAUCAGGAAGACACUCAUGAUGGCUCCUGUGCGCGCGCAGGUGCUUAGUUUGUCGGCUUGUACCUUCAGGACGGGGUUGAUCCUUACCCGAGAGGAAGCAUCCUGUCACGACUGCGAUUGCCUCGACUCCAAUACCGGCCAUGGUGUGCGAUUAUUCGUGUGAAGGUGUUUUGAGCAAGACGUCGUUGACCGAACGACAUUGGGAGCGACACUGGGUUCAACUUUAUACAGAGCUGCAAACGGCCGUCGCAAAAGUCGGCACCAUCGGUAUGCGGCUCGCUCUGUCUCCGGAAAGCGAACCCUACUAGGGUAUACACCCUCAAAGCUGGACACCGAUAGACGGAGGCACAAUACGGUCCGACAUAUAGCAAUUGAGCAGAUUGGAAUCCGAGAUGGGUGGGUACCUACAUAGCCAAAAGAGACUCUCUUGGCUAUAUAGAUUUACUUGAUCUCACUAGUAGUGUUUAGCUAUAUUCCAGCUUUGCCGAACUGUUAACAUUACCUACCCACUUGACGCUCAAAAUGAGAUCCCUACCACUCUACCUUGUCGCCCUGUCGCGGACAAUUAGCGUUGGCAUUGCCACUGCAACACAGCAGCCGCUGUAUCUCUCUGCCUUCAAUGCUAUUCCUCGAGUCUCGUCCCUGUUCACCACGACAAAAAACCAUGAUGAAGCUCGCAUGGAUGGUCGUAUUCAGGCAAAAGACUUGCUUAGCUCGCACUUCGGGCCCUACGGUUGGCCAGGGCAAUCAUUCGACUACGUGAUUGUUGGCGGCGGCACUGCUGGCUUAGCGAUGGCCAAGCGACUUUCCGAAGACAACGCCAACUCUGUGGCUGUGAUCGAAGCAGGCGGUUUCUACGAGAUUGAGGGGGGAAAUAUGACCGAGGUGCCCAUGUAUCUGUUCAACUACUUCUUCGAUAAUGGCCACGUGAAGAACCCCUUGUUUGACUGGUAUCAGUACACUGUGCCACAGCCAGGUCUCGCCAAAAGAGCCAUGUUUUACAUGCAGGGAAAGACACUAGGUGGCAGCACAGCCCGCGGCGCGAUGCUCUAUCACCGCGGCUCGAAAGGGGCCUACAAGAAAUGGGCCGAGCAGGUCGGUGACGAUGCAUACACCUGGGACAACUGGCUGCCGUACUUCCAGAAAAGCGUAACGUUUUCCGGCCCCAACACAAACCCAAGACCUGCCAAUGCCACUGCCGUCAACAACCUUUCUGCAUUCUCCGAGUCCGGCGGGCCAGUCCACGUCGCCUACCCCUACUGGACUAACGCCAUCUCGUCCUGGGUGGACAAGGCACUCGCCAAACUGGGCUUUCCCGAAGUGCAAGGCUUCUCCGACGGCAACCUGCUCGGCCGGUCCUACAUCACGCACACCAUCAACCCUUACACCCGGCGCCGCGAGACAGCAUCCACCUCCUACCUCCACGACGCCCUCCUCGAGAGCAACAACCUCAACUUUUACACUCGCACCCUCGUCAAGAAGAUCUUAUUCGACGACAAGAAGAAGGCAACCGGCGUCAAGGUGAGCACCGACGGCUUCGAGUGGACCAUUGGCGCCAAAAAAGAAGUCAUCCUCUCCGCCGGCGUGAUGCGCUCCCCCCAGCUCCUGAUGGUCUCGGGCAUCGGACCCCGGGACACCCUCGAGAAGCUCGACAUCCCCGUCCUCUCCGACCGCCCCGGCGUCGGCAAGAACAUGCAAGACACCAUCAUCCUCGGCCCGACCAGCCCGGUAAAAGUAGAAAGCCACAGCCAGCUGAUGGGCAGCAAGGAGACCCUCCCCCGGUCCAUCUACGAGUACAACAACUUCCGCACCGGGCUCCUGACCAACCCCGGGCAGGACUACUUUGCCUUUGAGAAGCACCAGCCCGGCAUGCUCAAGGACUCGACGGCGGCAGAUAUCGAAAAAGAAUUCCCUGAGGACUGGCCGACUUUUUCCUACAUUGCCCUGGACGACACGUUUGUCCCGCAGUAUGAUGGGAAGAAUUACUUUAGCAUGUCGGCGGCGCUGAUGGCGACGUUCAGUCGGGGGUCGGUGACGAUUAAUAGUACUGAUACGGCGCAGAAUCCGAUUGUUGAUCCCCGUUGGUUGGACGAUCCGAGGGAUAAGGAGAUGGCUGUUGCUGCGUUUCGCCGGUGCAGGGCUAUUGUGGCGUCGGAGACGAUGCAAGAGGUGAUUGAUGGGCCGGAGAUUCUGCCUGGGGAGAGGUAUCAGACUGAUGAGGAGAUUUACAAUUAUAUUGCUGAGACGUCGGAUGCGUAUUAUGCUGGUGUGGGAACUUGCGCUAUGGGGAAGAGGGAUGAUCCGAAUGCGGUGGUGGACUCGAAUGCGAGGGUUUUGGGGGUGAAUGGUGUUCGGGUGGUGGAUGCGUCGGCGUUCCCGUUUGCGAUUGAUGGGCAGCCUAUGGGAACGGUGUACGCAUUGGCAGAGAAGAUUGCUGCUGAUAUUCUGGCUGGAAAGUGAGGUGAUGGUGCCUGUGUAAUGUGUCGACCGGCUUUGUUUGAGGAGG